AUGUAUCGCAGCGGCAUGCGUUCGGCGCCCCGCGCCCUCAGCGCCGCCCGACAGUCGGCACUUCGCGCAGCUCCCAGACGAUUCGCCUCAACAGCACCCGCCGACAAGCCCAGGACGUGGAAGGGUGCGGCAGUGAGAUGGGGUCUUGCCGCUGGUGCCCUUUACUGGUACAACACAAGUCCAGUCUUUGCCGAGGAGCCCAUCCCCAAAACGAUCGCCGCCCCGUCCCAAUUCUCCGAGUCCGAUCUUACGACCGUCGAUGCCAUUGUCGAAGAGAAGCGCAAGCGAGCCAUCGUAAAGGCCGAGGAGGCCAAGCCCGCCGCCGCCGCCGCCCCCGUACCGACAGAAGCUAGCGAGCAGACCAAGGCUGCGCUCGAGGGUGAGGCCGCCGAGGGAAGCCCGGCACCCGCCCCCGGUUCUCCUGAGGCAUUGGAGGCCGAGGCGGAUCAGCAGGGUGCCUUCAACCCCGAGACGGGCGAGAUCAACUGGGACUGCCCGUGCCUGGGCGGCAUGGCUGACGGCCCCUGUGGAGAGGAAUUCAAGGCUGCGUUUAGCUGCUUCGUCUACUCAAAGGAGGAGCCCAAGGGCAUGGACUGCAUUGAGAAGUUCCAAGGAAUGCAGACAUGCUUCAGGAAAUACCCCGAGGUCUACGGCGACGAGCUGGCCGAUGACGAGGGCGCUGAUGAAGCCGAAGCCGCCGCCGCCGCGCCUGCUCUCGACGCCAAUGCCGAUGCCGCGAUUGCGCCGCCCACCAAGGCCGUUGAGGAGAAGAAGGAGGACAACAAGGAUAUCAAGAAGGAGACCAAGGAGACCAAGGCCGACACCCCGGAGAAGACCCCCAAGGCCGAGGUCAAGCCCGAGCCCAAGGCGGAGAAGACGAAGCCCGCGCCGGCCGAGAAGCAGGAGAAGCCCAAGGCCCCUGCGGCUCCCUCGUCUGAGCCUGUUGAUCUUACCCAGCCCAACAACAAGGCCGUCGAUGCGACUGCGGCGAACAACAUCUAA